AUGCCAUCGAAGAAGAUCAUCAUCGACACAGACCCGGGUAUCGAUGACAUCCUAGGUCUUCUGCUUGCCCUCUCGGCAAAGGCCGAAGAGGUCGAAAUUCUCCUUAUAUCGCUGACAUUCGGUAACAUCGAAGUGCGAAGCUGUCUUCGCAAUGUCAUCUCCAUGUUCCAUAUCAUCGAGCGCGAAAUGCUGUGGCGUCGGCAGCAGGGCCGCCCCGAGGGCUUCGAGACGCUGCGCGCCUGUCCGCCGAUCGUCGCCGUUGGCGCGGAGGAUCCGCUAGAGGAUCAGAAGAUGCUCGGCGACUAUUUUCGUACCUUUGGGCUUAUGCAUCACCCCCAUCUCACUCCCAAAGAGACCUGGGAACAUAUGUUUGACCCAUCGGCGGACCCAUCCAUCAUCCAACCCGUCCCGACGGGCGAUACGUCCAGCCCCAGUGCCCUCGCCCACCGCACUUUCAUCCCCUCCAAGCGUCGUGCGCACGAGGAAAUCCUCCGCGUCCUGCGGGAGAACGACCCCGACACCGUCACCCUCGUGGCCGUCGGUCCCCUGACUAACCUAGCGUUGGCGUCCGCAGCGGAUCCGGAGACCUUCCUCCGCGUCAAAGAGGUCGUCGUCAUGGGCGGAACGGUGAACAAGCCCGGGAAUGUCACGCCAGUCGCCGAGUUCAACGCAUACGCCGACGCCUUUGCGGCUGCGCGAGUCUACGCCCUGACCUCGCCGUCGCCGAAGAGCACCAUGCCGCCCGGCACCAGUCUGCCCGCGUACCCAGACAAGCUCAGCCGGCCGCUCACGCUGCGGCAAUUCCCUCUGAACAUCACAAUGCGUCACGGAAUGACCCGCGGCCAGUUUCGGGAGGCCGUCGCGGCGUCGCUGGAGGGCGGGUCGCCGCUGGCGGAGUGGGUGUCGGCGUUUAUCGCGCACACGUUCCGGACGAUCGAGCGGCUGCACCAGGGUCACGCGGGCGACGACGUAGAUCUCAGCCUGCACGACCCGGUGUGUGUGUGGUACGCGAUGACGGCCGACGACCCCCGGGUGGCAGCCAUCAGCGACGUCCCCGGAGGAUAUUCGAAUCGAGACCACCGGGGCAGUGGACGCGGGGCGGGCAACCGUAUCUGGCGCAUGGACGGCUCGCCGGCCGAGAAGGAUUUCGGCGCGACGCUCCUCCGACGGGUGUUCGGGUGA